CUGUUGCCUCGACUUCAACCCCUCCAUUCCUAUCACUUAUUACAAUCUCUCAGAUACAAUCAUCAAUCCACGACAUCUCGAAAUUUUCUCUGUAAAUUUCAAGAAUUUGAAGAGCCAACACCUCUCUUGUUUACCGACAAAGGAAUAUCAGCUUUCACAAAUUCCAACUUUAGGCAUAGCCGCAAGAGCUAUACACAACCCCUCCAACAGCAUCCACGAACUUGACAAAUAAUUCUCAAAUCUACCCAAAUAUCAACAUGUCCGCCGACGCCCUCCCAAUCUCCCCUGCCGCCUUCGCAGAAGCUCUCAAAGAUCUCCCCAUGUCUACUCUUCACCUCAAAGCCGCCGAACUACGCAAUUCCAUCGCACAUCUCGAUUAUUCUAACGAAGAAUUGAAACCUUUCGCUGAAGGGAGAGCUCCCGAAUGUGUAAACGGGAAGGCGGAUGAAGAUUGUAUUGACGCCAUUCGCGAAAACGAAAUUGUAAUAGCCCGCAUGGAAACCCGCAUCUCACUUCUCCGCACAGAAAUCGAAGCUCGAGGUGGAGUAUGGGGCGAAUAUGAAGCUGGCGCCGAACCUAAGCCAGAAGAAGAUGUGUCAUCUCCCGCUCCUGCGACAAACGGCACAACCUCUGCGAAUGAAGAAAGUAGGAGUAACCCUUGGGCCGAUGGAACAUUUACUACAGGACGAAUUGUGGGAGGUGAAGUUGUGUUGGAUUCAACACCUGCAGCUACAGCAGCACAUCCAACGGCGAAUGGAGUUACAACAAAUGGAAACACAGCAACUACGAACACAGGAGGAAGAUUGGACGAUGAAGCUUUACGUCGAGCAAUGGAAUUACGGAUGCGCGAAGAUGCUGGUGCAGAUGAGGAGGAAGGUAUGCAUUUGUGAGAUGGUAACUCGUUUUUCGUCUUACAUAGUACCCGUUGGUAAUCUUGGAAGAUAUCUAUUCGAGAAAGGCUUAAAACCACCGGCUAUGAGGAAUGCUCUAAGAAUAAUCCUCAGAGACCCUGCCAACUACCUCCGGCUCGUUUUCUGGGCACAUUUCCACACCUUUCAACACCGCAAGAUCAAUUAAGGAGCCUCAACGACCGGAACAUCUAUUUGUCUAACAAUCACCUAUAAUUCAAACCAACACAAUCUUAACAACCCCAUACUCACCAAUCAACCUUCUCAACAGGGUAUGUCUUGCAAACUAAGAGUCAAAUCCACCAUAAAAUAACAAAGCAAAGAAAUAAAAUCACUGCAGUCCAAAGGAGUCACUUGUAGUAUUUAACAAGGCGGGUUCUCCAACCAUGGUAUUCAACUCCCACCCUACGAGCAACAAGGUGAUUCGACCAUAGAAACUCAACUUGCUCCGAAUCCAUCCACGCGAGCAAAACAGCAAACUCGAUCUUCAUACCCAGGGUUUCCGCACAAUACCUCUCAGUCAUAACUCAUUCCACCGCAUCUCAUCAUGAUACCAGCCCAUAUUCUAAAAAGUUCAAUCUUCACAUCUCACAAAAGUUCUUGCUCUUUUUUUUAUUAAUUAUUUGCAUCGGCGGCGUUGUAGAUACCAUUUCCUUUCAUUUUCUCUCUCUCUCGUGUUUAUUGUUAUAACUGGUCUACUGGCUUUAAAUAGAAGAAGAAUUAAAAUGUCGUUCAAGAGAUUCAUCCAUCCAUCCAUUCAUCCAUUCAUCUAUCUAACUAGCUAGCUACCUACCUACCAUAAAUCUCCACAAUAAAAGUUUCCUUUGCCUUGGGAAUAUACAGAUACAGAUACAGAUAUGAAGAUAUACAUGCAGAUAUAAAAAUACAAAAAUACAAAGAAGUGACGUGACGUGACGAAUAAUUCGUAAUUCGUAGCAGAUGAUUGAUAAUAAUAAGUAUCACGAAUUAGGGAAGGCCAAUACCAAUACCAAUGACAAUGACAACGAUAAGGACAAUAAGAAUAAAAAUAAAAAUAACGACAGCAAUACAAUAUUACCUAAUUACAAAUACAAUCAAGACGGAAGAAGAGAGGAAAAAAUCGCAAUCCUGGUAUCAAAGAAUCCCCAACCCGUCCAAUCCAAUCCAGUCCAUGGACAUGGAUAUACUAUUAACAACGUACGCAUCCGUUCUUCUGAAACAUAUCAUAUCCCUCCCUCAUCUACUCAACCAAUCAUUUUCCCAGUCUCCGCACUAUUAA